AUGGAAAGUCCUAUUCAUUUUAUAUUUUUUGUUAUUCUUUUCGCUUCUCAUGUUAAUAUAUGUUUCAAUAAAGACCAGAGGUAUAAUCCGAAUAGCGAUUUUUUGUUACACGAAGCGGGAGCUGUCGCACAAAAUAAUAAAUAUGACUACAAUGCUAACUUUCCGAGUUUGCCAUCAUCGAAACCUUCCACGUUAUCCACAGCAGUACCCAGCGUUAACUCUGUCCCCACUAAUAAACCACAAGCAUCUGGAAAACGAGAUUAUGUUGCACCCCAGCGACCGUCUAUUAAUCCAACCCCAAUAACUCCACCUACGCCUAAAUUAAAUCCCAUACCCAAUUCUGGGAGCACAUCACAUUCACCCAAGAGAGAUUAUGUAGCUCCACAGUUCCCGACUUUAAAGCCUGAUGGAACAUUCCAACACCAAUCUGGCUCUAUUACAAACUCUCUAAAUAAUAAAAAUGAAUACAAUGCAAAUUUUCCAAGUUUACCAUCAUCGAAACCUAUGUCGACAUUAGUGCCUAACGGUAAUUCUAUGGCUACUACAAAGCCACAAGCAUCUGGUAAAAGAGACUAUGUUGCGCCUCAACGACAAUCGGUUAAUCCAACUCCAAUGGCUCCGCCUUCGUCUAAAUUAAAUCAAGUAACUAAUUCAGGUGGACCCAAAAGGGACUAUGUAGCUCCUCAGUUCCCUACUUUAAGACCUGUUGGAACAUCGCAGCAUCAAUCUAGCUCUAUCACAACACCCAUGACACCUAGCUCGCCAAAGAGAGAUUAUGUAGCGUCAAAAAACGAUAAAACACAAAAUGUACCAGGAAAAGUAAAAGACCUGAUUCAUUUUUAUGAUAGUAAAUCUCAGGGUGGUAUAGUCCCUUCAAGGCCACCAAGUUAUAGUUCAAUGUUACAUGGCUCUACUAGUUCCGCCUCUAAUGGCCCCAAUGUGUUACCAUCUACUAUAAUGACUCCAGCUCCUCCCAGAAAACCUGUUGUGACAAAUAAUAAUAAUUUAUCUGCAAAUCGUCAAGGGAGUACAGUCCUCCCUAGUUCUAUUGUUAAUACUCAAGGUCAAGGUAUUAAUUCUAACAGCCCCACAGAUGAAGAAUUGCAAACUAUCAGUGAGGAAUUGCUCCGUAAAGAUGUAAACAAUGCAGCUAAAUAUAUUACAGUUAAUUAUCAAGAAAAAACUACAUCCAUGUCUAAGGACGACAAAGCUCCUUUACCAUUACUCACUAUUGCACCUGAAGUAUGGAAUAUUCCAACAGUUCAAAAAUUUGUGCCAUUAUUAGAUAAUUAUGAGCGAGAUACAUUGGUUAAUGAGCAUGUUACGUCACAGGAAAGAAAUGAAGAAAACGCUUUUAUGGACGCGAUUAUGACUACAAGUGUAAUACGUCAUUUAAUGAAUUUCCUAAAAGAUAAAGGCUAUGUUACACCAGAUCCAAAACAACAACGAGAUUUUCUGAAACAAAUUUGGUUUGGGUUGUACUCUAGAGGUAAAGGCAAAAUUAGCAGUUCAGGAUUUGAACAUAUAUUUGUGUCUGAACUUAAAAAUGGAGAAGUGUCAGGUCUGCAUAACUGGGUUUACUUUUCCAAAGAAGAGCAAGCCAAUCGAGCAAAUUAUUUAGGCUAUAUGAAAUCCGUUGAAUUUAGUGAGAAAGGAGCAGUGAUUAAGAUGCAUUUCAAUCAACAAGGUGUUGAUAAACCAGUUAGUACUAUGUUUAUUGGUACCUCGCCUGAAUUGGAAAUGGCUAUAUACACUUUAUGUUACGUUACUCGUGUUGAAAAUGACUGUAACAUAAAACUUGGGACCAAGGAUGUUAACAUCUUGACUCACAACUAUAGAUACCGUAGCAAAAACUACAUUGGCAGUGCCUAUCCUCAAAUA